AUGGGUAGGUGAACACCGAGUUCCAUUCCAGCCAUCGUGUGCAAGUGGAAAUUGAGUGGCUUUACGAUGAAUUGAGAUGAAGUUGAAAGACUGAACUCUCAAAUCGCAUCGUAAAAGAUCUCAAUUAUCUGCGCAACAUUGUGUCUGCAAGACCGAUGUGAAGAGCAUACCUGAUCAUAGGCUGACGAGGAAUAUUCUAACUAGGUAUCGAUCUUGACAACCACCACGUGCGCAACACUCACCGUAAGACGCCCAAGAGUGACAAUGUUUACCUUAAGUUGUUGGUAAAGCUCUACCGCUUCUUGGCUCGUAAGUUAUUGGUGUUUUCUUCCUCACAAAAUUAGCAUGCGCUAACUUCUGAUUUCUACAUAGGCCGAACUGAAGCUUCCUUCAACAAGGUUGUCCUCCGCAGACUUUUUAUGUCCCGCGUCAACAGACCUCCCGUUUCUAUCUCCAGAAUCGCAUCCCAAACCAACAAGGAGGAGAAGAGAACCGUUGUCAUUAUUGGCACUGUCACCGAUGACAACCGUCUCCUUGCCGUUCCAAAGGUGAGCGUUGCCGCUCUCCGAUUUACCGCUACCGCCCGUGCCCGCAUUCUUGCCGCCGGUGGUGAGGCCUUGACCUUGGAUCAAUUGGCUCUCAGAUCCCCAACUGGAAGCAACACCGUUCUCCUCAGAGGACCAAAGAACUCCAGAGAGGCUUUCAAGCAUUUCGGUUUCGGCCCACACAAGCACAAGGUAAAAAAUACGACAAAGUCUUUAUUUGGCAAAACUGACAUAUUUACAACAGAAACCAUACGUCGAGUCCAAGGGACGCAAGUUCGAGAAGGCUCGUGGACGCAGAAGGUCCAGAGGUUUCAAGGUCUAAAUGGCCUAAUUUGGGGUGUGCCGUUACGAACUUCUGGCUUUGCUGGUCUUAAUACCUCAGAGAAGGAUGGAGGUAUGUCAACAAGCUAUUUAAGGCGAGCUGGGUCAGCAGGAAAGUCUUCAGCAUAUGAAUACUACAAGAAAAUAGUGGUAUUGAUGCAUAUAGGAGUAGUAGUCAUGAACAAUGUGAUUCCAC